GAGACUAUCUCCAUAUGUUCCAUUGUCAGUGUCACAGACUACAUACUAGUCAGUGUCAAACAAUCCCAAAUUUCAACAUCUGUGAGUUGUGUAGAUUUAUUUUUGAUUUUUAUUAAAAUUUGCUCUGAAGCUUAUGUAUAAAACAUGUUAAAAUGGCAGUGAUUGAUGAUGAUAGUCUUUGGAUUAACGAGCUGGAAAAUGCCCUUUUGGAGGGUUGUUCUGUUUCUGAUAUUUAUUGCAUUUGCAAAGGAAAACCGUUACCAGAAAACCUGAGGUCUGAUGUAUGGCAGAUUUGUUUGGAUGUAAGAGAUAAAGGAAAUCAGCUUGAUCAUUUCGAUGAAGUGUACGAUCUCCCUAACCAAAAUAUUUUGCGCGAAGAUUGUAAAAACUUUGUGUCGAACCUUGGAAAUGAUGAAGAAGACAAAAUUCAAGUUAUUUCGGACUUGGAGUCCAUUAUAACGUUCUACUGCAAAAGUCGCAAUAUGAGCUAUUCGCGACAUAAUGGAUGGAUAGAAAUACUUCUACCGAUUCUCACACUAAAAGUCCCAAAAUCCACUACCUACAAUUUAUUUGAAGCCAUACGCGAUACCUUCAUACCUCAGAGUUGCGAGAAAAAUGGAAACGCUUUUCACAUUUUGCGUCUGCUACUUUUAUACCACGAUCCAGAACUAUGCUCGUUUCUUGAUACCAAACGCAUUACUCCAGAGCAUUAUUGCUUAGCCUGGUUCCAGUCCUUAUUUGCCGCUACAUGCAGUUUGCAAGUGGUGAUAAAUAUGUGGGACUACUAUUUUCAACAGUCCGAUCCAUUUUUUGUGUUUUUUCUAUCGCUUAUUAUGGUGGUAAAUGCCAGAGACCAAAUCAUUUCGAUGAAAAGCGAUGAUCGCGAUAGUAUUAUUGCUAGUCUUUCGAAUAUGCCUUGUGGGCUUGAAGCCGAAGAUGUUGCGGACUUUUGCUCUUUGGCACAGUAUUAUGCUUUGAAAACACCGAUGUCAUUUCGGAAUGAUCUUUUGCAAACAAUUUAUAAUGAUCGCAACGAAGCUGUGGCCUCGGUUUCUCAGGCUCUAUGUUUACCAGUGUCUGUUCAUGAGCUCGUCGAAAAUAUUGCGAAGGAUUCAACCAGUGUCGACGCUGUGAGAUUUUUUUUGGUUGAUUGUCGACCUAUCGAACACUUCAAUGCUGGCCAUUUACCCACGGCAUUUCAUUUAGAUUGCACUCUAAUGUUGCAAGAGCCCAGUGCAUUUGCAACGGCGGUUCAAGGAUUGUUAAGCGCCCAGAAGCAAGCUAUUGCUCAUAAUUCUACUGCAGGUGGUGAACAUUUGUGCUUCCUUGGAUCUGGUCGUAAUGAAGAAGACCAAUAUACGCAUAUGAUUGUAGCUUCAUUUCUCCAAAAACACACUCAGUAUGUUUCUUUACUGGCUGGAGGAUAUGUGGCUCUUCACGAAUAUUUCGCGCAGAAUUUAAGUUAUUUGCAAGACCAUAAUCCACGUUAUUGUAUCGUUUGUGCGCCACAUUACGUGUCCAACAAUGCUAGUCAAUCCAACGUAAAAAGUGGGCAGUCAUACUUAAUUAGCAAAUUAUCUGCUGCGAUGCGUUUGAAAUCUGCCGAGGUCACAGGAAAAUUGAUUGAAUACAUUGUGAACCCAACGAAUAGCCCAGUACCAGAAAGGCACGUAUCUAGCAGUGAUAGAAUAGGAAGGAGAUAUAGAGACGUUGCGCCAGUAUUUAGUAUAGAUGAUGAUCACGAUAAUGUUGCAAGUUUUGAGACUCAAUCUUUAGAAGAUAUAGACAGUCAUGAAAUAGUGAACAUCCAGUCAUGUCUUAAAAAACCUGAUGUAAUUCAGCACUUUCCCUGCCAGGAAGUGCGUAUGAACGGAUCAAUGUUUAAAAGCCACCUCAUCAUCACAGAUACGGAGCUGAUCGUUUUACGAGAAGUACCAGAACCGAGAGGCUCUGCUGAACUGAUAGUUAAACGUCCCUUGUCGGCCAUUGUAAAAAUAACCGCAAGGAAACGACAUCCUGAAUUGAUUACUUUUAAAUAUGGUGUACCUGACGGGGAAAAUUUAAAGAUUUCCGAUAUGGACAGAUUUUUAAUUCCCAACGCUGAUACAGCAACAAAAGUGGUGUCCGAUCAGAUUUUAAAACAAUUAAAAGCAAAAGAAUAGUAUUUAUUUGUAAGUACUUAAAAUAUUUAUUGUAUUUUUAUCCCAUACUUACUUUCUUUGAUAUGAUGCAUGAAUUAACAAUACCUAUGCAAGGAGAUUCAAAUUACGAAACUGAUAUAAGUUUAGCAUAAUUUAUAGGUACAUAGAUUUUAAUCAUUGUACUAACAUCUAAGUAGUUAAAGUAUUUUGUUGCAUUGUAUCUUUCUACGUAUGUAAUAUAAGUUUGUUGUCAGUUA